UGGCCCGGAGUGGAUUCACGUGUGCAAUACAUCACAAUGGCAACCAAAUCGGACAUCCUGGCCACAAUCCCAGCUGUGGAGAUCGACCAUGACGCCACUUUCAAGUACAUCUUGGUCCGAGUGAAAGUGAAAGACGGCGACGAGCACAAAGACAUUGUCCGCGGCAAAAAAAGUGCAGAGUAUCACAGUCAUAUUUUUGAGGAGUUGGUGCUGGCCAUGGAGGCCUUGGGUCUGGAGUGUGAGUGCCUGGGCGGAGGAUACAUCGAGCACAACGGUCAAAAGAAGUCAUUAAGGGUGUAUGGAGAAUCCACUGCUUUCGGCAAUGCAGACCAUUUCUUGUCAUCAACCAAGUUAAAGAGUGUCUACGAUGACUACGAGAUCGCCUGGACGGACAACAUCAAAUAAUGUCUUCUCAUCUGCACUCAUUAAAGUAAUUUAUCAAAAGGCAACAA